AUGGAGGCCGUGGUCCAGCAGGCGACCACGGUCACUUAUGAUGGCGAGAUGUCGGCAGCGGGCCUGUUCCAUGGCCACGGGCGCGCGGUUUAUGCCAGCGGCGUGGUGUGCGACGGCGACUGGCGGGAUGGCGUGUUGGAAGGGCGCGCAGCAGUGGUUUUUCCGGACGGCGUGCAGUAUGACGGGGACAUGAGCGGCAACAGCAUGGAGGGCAGUGGGGUGUACCGCUGGCCUGGCGCGACGUAUCAGGGCGAGGUGCGCGCUGGCAAACGCCACGGCCGAGGCGCCAUGUCGUUUGACGACUCGCCUGCGGUUUACGAGGGCGAUUGGGCGGAUGGCAUGCGCCAUGGACGCGGCGUGCUCUACUUCAACGCCGAAAGGACAGCCUUUUACGAAGGCGAGUGGGAGCGCGACGUGAAGCAGGGCUGGGGCGUGAUCGUGUACCCCUCCGGCAACGCCUACGAGGGGGAGUGGGUGGCCGACCAGAAGUGCGGGGCGGGCACCAUGUGGUGGCACACCAGCGGGCAGGUCUACCGCGGCAUGUGGGAGCGCGGCGUGCCAAACGGCCUGGGGGAGCACGUGUGGGAACAGGACGUCACGCCCGGCAGCAGCCGGGGGACGUGCCUCAUGCACAACAGGUACCUGGGCAGCUUUGUCGACGGCCGCCGUGAGGGCGAGGGCGCGCUGCUCUACUCCACUGGCGCGCGCUACGAGGGCACCUGGGCCGCCGACAGGAAGGAGGGCGAGGGCGUGUACGUGUUCGAGGACGGCACGGUGUUCUGCGGCAGCUUCAUCUCGGACCGGCCAGACCUCAAGACUGGAUCUUUCAGAUACGGAAGCGGCGGCGGCGGCGGCGGCGGCGGCGGCGGCGGUGGCGGCGGUGACAAGGACAGUACUGGGACUAUGGCGGGCGACAAGGAGACGGGCGCCGGCGGCGCCGCAGUGCACGGAGCGGCCGACGCGGCCGUCAAUGGUGGUGCUGCGGGCUUUGGGCCGCGCGUGGCGAGCCUGCAGCUGUACAUAGACGACCUGCUGGGCAGCGAGGGGCCGACGGCGGCCGCCGCGGCGGCAGCGGCGCGGGCCGUGCUGAACCUGCUGGCGGGCGCCAACUCUGAGCUGCGGGCGCUGUACGACCGCUACUGGUGGGCUGCCCUUUCUCAUGGUCGGUCGUGUUAA